AGUGAAUGCUGGCCGGUGAAUGGCGUCGUGACUGCCAGACGCGGUCCAUGUGCUUUCGCUACCCCUGGUCGCCUUCCUUUAUUUGAUUUUCUCGUCUCUUACCUUUCCUGCUUUUUUCUUUUCUUCUUUUCAUCUCUCAUUUAAAUCCCCUCCCCGGCCUUUUCCCCGUAUUCUGAUUUCUCCCCUCCUUCCCCCGUCGGAUGUGAUCACCUCCUGGCUGGCUUUCGCCUUCUCGAUAGCUGGUCGCCGUCACCAUGAAGAAAUUCUACAAUGUUUACUUCCUUUGUAGCUUCAUCACCUUGGGUGGUGGGCUGUUCGGUUUUGACAUUUCGUCGAUGAGUGGUGUGCUUGGAACCAAUGCCUAUACCAAUUAUUUCCAGGUCGGAUCCGGCCAGUACAAGCAGGGUGCCAUCACUUGUGCUAUGCCCUUCGGUUCUCUCGUCGGUGCGCUGAGCUCCAGUUUCAUCGCCGAUAAAUACUCUCGUGUCACUGCCAUUCAGUUCUCGUCGAUUCUGUGGAUCAUCGGUGCAAUCUUCCAAUGCGCUGCAAACGGUAUUCCCCUGCUGGUUGUCGGUCGUGUCAUCGCCGGACUCUGUGUUGGUAUCGCCUCCGCCAUGGUCCCUGUCUACCAAGCAGAGGUCGCCCCCAAGGAAAUUCGUGGUCGAGUCAUUUCACUGCAGCAAUGGGCAAUUACCUGGGGUAUUCUCAUCCAAUACUUCAUUCAAUAUGGCGCUAGUAACAUUGACGGAGGCCCCGAUAACCCAACCCAGAGCACCGCCGCGUUCCGGAUCCCCUGGGGCAUUCAGAUCGUUCCUGGUGUCAUCCUCUUUGUCGGUCUGUUCUUCUACCCCAAGUCGCCUCGUUGGCUGGCGAGCAAGGAUCGCUGGGACGAGGCUAUGCAGGUUCUCGCCAACCUUCACGGCAACGGCGACAUCAACCACCCCAAGGUGCUGGCGCAGUACCGCGAAAUCCAAGAAGCGUUGGCUCUGGAGCAAGAGCAGGCUCAGACCAGCUACCAGGAACUGACCAAGCCGCGUAUCCUGAAGCGUGUGAUUCUCGGCAUGAGUGUGCAAAUGUGGUCUCAGCUUUGCGGCAUGAACGUCAUGAUGUACUACAUCGUCUACAUCAUGCAGAGCACCGGCGCCGGCUCCCCCCUGCUGACCGCGUCCAUCCAGUACAUCUUGAACACUGCGUUGACCUUGCCGGCUAUCCUCUACCUUGACAAGGUUGGUCGUCGUCCCGCUCUUCUCGUCGGCUUUUGCUGCCAGGCCAUCUUCCUCUACAUCGAGGGAGGUCUCCAGGCAGCAUAUGGCAAGCCGAACCCAGGCACGGAUCCCAAGCUGGAUGCCAUCUCCUGGACAGUCGCCGACCACCCUGCCGUCGGAAAGGCCAUCAUUGCCAUGUCGUACCUCUUCGUCUGCUCCUUCGCCACAACCAUCGGCCCCACCUCCUGGACCUACCCCGCCGAGAUCUUCCCUGCCAAAGUCCGUGCCAAAGCCGUCUCGCUGUCAACCGCCUGCAACUGGACCUGGAACUGUCUGUUGGCGCUCUUCGUGCCUCCUCUCCUGUGGUCUAUCAACUGGAAGAUGUACAUGAUUUUCGCUGCCUUCAACACCGCCGCUAUUAUCCACAUGUUCCUUGCGGCCCCCGAAACCAAGGGCUACACCCUCGAAGAGAUGGACGAGGUCUUCGACAGUGGCCUGCCUGCCUGGCGCAAGCUCAAGAAGCGCAGUCGUCUCGACGACCUCACCCAGGAGAUCGAGCAGGGCAACCUCAAAGUCGGAGGCACCACCAAGACCGCCGACACCACGUUCCAGGAAACCACCGAGAAGGUGUAAUUCCAGGCUCUUUUUCUUACUUUGUAGCUCACAUCUCUCCAUUUCAUUUCUUUUCAUGCUCAAGGGACACGAGACGGGAUAAGUUGCGUGUUAAUCGGUGGGACAGAUUACAUCGGAUCUUAGGAGGCGCUGUCUGUCUAUCUAGUGGAUUUGUUUUCUGAGGCAUGGCUCUUCUUAUGGGUUUCAUGCAAAGAUGAAUAUCUGUAGAUGACACUGCACUGAUGAUUUUGAUGGUUAUUUUUCGAUUCUAUUAAUGAGGCUUACUUUUAAGUUUAUUGAACCCGUCUAGAUGGCUGCGGAUCGAUUGGCUGGGCUGGUUUGGUUUGAUGCUGAACUGACUGGUCGUUCUGUUAUCGGCCGGAUACUAGAUAGGGAUAUUUUAAUGGAUACUUUUAUGGACUUUCUUUC